AUGGAUUACAUGAUCGAAGUAAAUCACCAGAGGAUCAAAACCAAUGGAAUUUGGCUGCAUGUAGCAGAAAAAGGAACAGGUCCUCUUGUUCUCUUGCUUCAUGGCUUCCCAGAACUCUGGUAUGCUUGGCGCCACCAGAUCAACCACUUGGCCGAGAAUGGCUACCAUGUGGUGGCGCCUGACUUGAGAGGCUAUGGUGACUCUGAUUCUCCUCUCAACCCCAACUCCUACACCAUUUUCCACAUAGUUGGAGACCUCGUCGGCUUACUUGACCAUUUUGGUCAACAGAAAGCAUAUGUUGUGGGGCAUGAUUGGGGAGCGGUUGCUGGGUGGCAUUUGAGCUUGUUUAGGCCUGACAGAGUGAUAGGGCUGGUAAAUCUAUCUGUUCCAUACUUUCCAAGAUCUCCAACAACUAAAACUACAGAAGCAAUCAGAGAAUUGUAUGGAGAUGGAACUCAUGUCAUUCAAUUCCAGGAACCAGGAAGAGCAGAGAGAGCGUUUGCAAGGUAUGACUACACGACGGUGAUGAAGAAGUUCUUGCUGAUAACCGAUAACAUGAUAGCUCCUCCGGACAUGGAGUUUAUUGAUUUCCUGGACACAAAAUCAGCAUUGCCAGCAUGGCUAACUGAAGAGGAUAUCCGGGUCUUCGCUGAAAAAUUUGAGGAAUCUGGAUUCACUGGUCCUUUUAACUACUAUCGUGCAAUGGACUUGAGUUGGGAGCUUCUUGCACCCUGGCAAGGAUCGAAAAUUACGGUACCUGUGAAGUUCAUGAUUGGUGACAAAGAUUUCAGCUUUAAGUCAGAUGGAAGUGAAUAUGUGCUAGGUGAUGAUUUCAGGAGUCUUGUCCCCAACCUUGAAGUGGUUGUUAUAGGCGGCCACCAUUUCAUAGAGCAAGAGAACCCUCAAGAAGUCUCCAGCCAAAUACUUUCCUUCCUGCGUGAACAUCCUGUAGAUCAAUGA